UUUCGCUGGCUGCGCGCUGCGUUCAGUUGCGUUUCGGUUACUGGUUCACUUAAUAUUCAGUUCGCUUGAGGACGUGCGUGCGGCAGGACUUGUGAGCGGAACCUCGAUACGGCACUUGCCUGGCGGUCAAUUGGUUAAUGUGGCAACAAUCGAACGGCCAUCGCCCGGAUGGGCGAACGGAUAGACGGAUGGAUCCUGUGGAAUGCUGAAUAUGUGCCAAUAUGCCAGUGGGCCUUUAAUAUCCGUGUCGCGUUUGCGGGUGUGUGCCAGUGAGUCAGUGGUGUGAGACAGUGUCCUUCGGCGGACUAACAGGUUCUCCCGUCCUGUCGAGUGUUAAAGUGCGGCCAAAAGUAUUUCCGAAACAAAAAAAUACGGCAGAAAGUUACAAAUCUGCUGUCGCCUCUGUUAUUUUUUUCGUCGACAAAAGUUUUUGGCCGAAAGGAUUAAAGCCCUGAAACGGACCUACUGGAAGUCAAAGGAUAAGCAAAGCGCCGUGGGCCACUGCCUGAGGAGCAGAGGAGCAAAAAGGACGAUGGAAGCGGAAGAUAUGCAAAGCUAACACCAUAAACCCAAAGCCGGCAAAUGCGAGUGCAGAACAAACUACGAAAGUGCAACCUGCGCCCAAGUCUAAUUAAAAAGUCCCGCGCUGAUUCCACGGAUUGCUCAUACGCCGUGUGGCACGAAAGUGGUUAGUGUGUGAUUUAAGGUUUUAAAGCUGAAACUCUUGAAUAUCGGUCGAAGAGGCUCGAAGUGUGUGUUUCGAUUUGUUUGUGGGCCGUCAAAGAAUUACUCUGGCAUGCGGCUGUUGUUGCCACAACUGUUGCAUGCAACAUGGAUGGCGAAAAUCGGAUUAUACUCAAUGUGGGCGGAAUAAGAUAUGAAACCUACAAGGCCACGCUCAAGAAAAUCCCCGCAACACGUCUCUCCCGACUGACCGAAGCCCUGGCCAACUAUGAUCCGGUACUCAAUGAAUACUUCUUCGAUCGCCAUCCCGGGGUCUUCACCCAAAUCCUCAACUAUUACAGAACUGGAAAACUGCAUUAUCCAACUGACGUGUGUGGACCUCUUUUCGAGGAGGAACUGGAAUUCUGGGGCCUCGAUUCAAACCAGGUAGAGCCAUGCUGUUGGUCGACCUAUAGCAUACAUCGCGAUACGCAAAACACCUUAGCCAUAUUAGAUAAGCUAGAUAUUGAAAAUGAAAAGCCCACGGAGGAGCAGAUAGCUCGACUUUUUGGCUUUGAAGAGGCACUGAGCAAUGGCGAGCUUAACUGUUGGCAGCGUCUGAAACCCAAGAUUUGGGCCAUGUUCGAUGAGCCCUCGAGUUCCACGGGUGCCAAGAUCGUUGCUGGCAUGUCGGUUUUCUUUAUAUUUGUUUCUGUGAUAUCAUUCUGCCUGAAGACCCACCCCGGCUUCCGCGUGGACCUGCCCACCUCAGCCGACGGCAGCCACGGCCCCGGCUCGGGAACAGCAGGUGGCCUGCCCCACGGUCACGAUCCGAUGGGAGAGCCCCCACCUCCGCCACAGACGCACCAGUACCAUCAGCACAGCAUAACGCCGCCGAGCGGCAGCAUCGGGCCCACCUUUCGCGUCACCAACUACACCAGCUAUAGUAGCAGCAACUUCACCGCCCCCGGCCAGGCCACGCCCAUUGCCACCAUCAAGGGGGGGCAGCGGCAGCGGCUGAGACGGGACGUGAACGGGAGCAGUCUGAACGAGUUCAUAGAGCAGCAGCUCCUGGGCCACAACGGGAGAAGGAAGCACGGGUGGAUCGAAACGUACGGCCAGCCCCACGAGGCCUUCUUCUACGUGGAGCUGGUGUGCAACGUCUGGUUCUUCAUCGAGGUCAUCAUCAGGCUAAUAGUAUCGCCCAAUCUCUGGCAGUUCAUAAAGUCGCCGGUAAACAUAAUCGACUUUACGGCCACAUUGAGCUUCUAUACGGACGUAAUGCAGCGCAUGGGGGAGUACACAGGUCUCCUGGAGGCCUUCUCAAUCGUCCGGAUAAUGCGACUGUUUAAGCUGACGCGGCACUCGCCAGGUCUGCGAAUCCUCAUCCACACGUUCAAGGCCUCUGCCAAGGAGCUGACCCUUCUGGUUUUCUUCCUCGUCCUGGGCAUUGUGUUCUUUGCCAGUCUGGCCUACUAUGCCGAGAAACUCCAGGACAACCCGGACAACCAAUUCAAGAGCAUUCCCUUGGGUCUGUGGUGGGCCAUUGUGACUAUGACCACAGUGGGCUACGGCGAUGUGGCGCCCAAGACCUAUCCGGGCAUGUUUGUGGGCGCCCUCUGUGCCCUCGCCGGUGUGCUGACCAUUGCCCUGCCAGUGCCAGUUAUCGUCAGCAACUUCUCCAUGUUCUACUCGCAUACUCAGGCCCGAUCCAAGCUGCCCAAGAAGCGUCGUCGGGUCCUGCCCGUGGAGCAGCCGCGCCGCAAACGGGAGCCCACUGUCCCGCACCGCGGGCGAACGAAUGCCAUUAAACAGACGCCACCCACUGUGCCGGGAUUGGUGGGUGGAGCUGGCGGUAGUGGAGCUGGGGGUGGUCCCGGGCCAGGAGGUGGUGGGGGAAUUGGGGGUCAUGCGAUGGGCCACCCAGCAGCAGCAUCGCCCAUGUUCAAGGAUGCAUUUGGUGGCGCGAAAAUAGGCACCGUGAACGUGAACGGCGUCAAUGUCAUUGGCCUGCACCAUUCUGCGCCACCGAGGACAACGACGAUGCCGACGAUUCCGAUUCCGAGUGCCGAUCCGACGGCCAUGUCGGCAAUGACCUACCAAGUGCCUAUGCUCCAGCCUCCGCCCACGCUUUCGCAUCACCCGCCCGCCCAUAGUCACGGCCAUGCCCAUGGCCACGCCCAUGCCCAUGCCCAUGCCGUUGCCGGGACCAUGUCGGGGUCUGGGUUGGGUUUGGGGGCGAUGACGUCAUCGCCGGCAUCGCUCACCGGCUCAGCUGCCUCGGCAGCCGCUGCCACAGCCGCCGUAGCCGCCGCAGCCGCACCCGCCGGUCCCUCAUUCAUCAGUUCGGACUAUUUGAGCGUGCCGGCGGUGCAGAGCCUGCAGCCUCGGGCGGCGACGACGGGCCACGACUUUAUGCUGCCGCUACAGCCGAAACUCCUGGCCCCCCUUGAGCGCAAGGAUCAGCAUCCCCUGCAGCUGACCGCCCACAACUUGGCCUCCGAUACGCACCAGCUAAUGUACACGAGCCACGCCCACAAAACGGCAGGUGGUGGUGGCGGUGGUGCGGCUGUACUGAGUGUCCCACCCACCUUGAGUAUGACGCACACCCAGAUGCCACCGGGAAUGGCCAGCAUGGGCCAGCGGACUCCGAACCUGAGUUUCCGGGCCUCACACACCGGCGGUCAGGUGGCCACGAUUCAGCAGCCCAUACCGCACGCCCAUGCCUGCCACGCCUCCACGAACUGCAACAUCAAGAUCUCGGUGGCCUCCGCCUUGGGCUGCCCAGACGAGCUGCGGGGACCGAAGGUGACCCUCCUAGACGAUCUCAGCGACGAAGUGAACUCCUCGACGGACGACUGCGGCGAUUGCUGCCUGGUGGAGGACAGUGACACCUACGAAGGCGGCACCACCAACAACGGAUCCUGCGGCCAGGGAACAGGAGCCAUUCCGAUCGGUGGGCUGCUCGACGGCGGUGAGGAGGACAACGACGACGGAGAUGGCAGCUGUGUGGGCGGCGAUAGUGGCGACAGUCUGGGCGGGAUCUACAUCGGGCCCACGCACUAAGCACCUGAAGCCAGAAAAUUGAAAGGAUAGGAAUAAAUGUUUAAGGAUAAAGUGUUAAAGUUUGUGUAUUGUGUGAGUGUCUCGUGUUAGGUGUUUAUGAAAACUUAAUUCUGAAGAAAACUAAACACUUUCUUAGGUCAGUGAAGCACAAAUUUUUGAAAAGUUUCAAAUCUUUUGGUCUUGCCAGGUUUAGUUUUAGUAAAUUAUGAAAUAGACUUUUCA